UCCAUUAUCCUAAUCCAGUUUAUAAUCCUAAAACUCUUCAAGAACUGGAAACUCUGGCGGAAUCUGAGACCAAGAACCGAGACGUGGUUCUGAGACUGUAUGACGCCCUGAGAUCUCGCGACGUCGAAUCCGUUCACAGGACCCUGACCCCGGACCUCGACUACUGGUUCCACGGCCCUCCGCCGCACCAGUUUUUGAUGCGCACGCUCACCGGCGUCUCUCCGCCGUUCGAAUUCUCGCCUCUAUCCGUCGUCUCCUUCGGAUCCACCGUCAUCGCUGAGGGCUGCGACGCCGCCGGCUCCGUCUCCUGGAUCCACGCCUGGACCGUAUCGCAUGGGGUGAUCACUCAGGUGAGGGAGUACUCCAACACCUCGCUCACGGUCACGCGUGUCGGUGGCGCCGUCGCCGCCGGAAGGUCGGCAGAGAUUAAGCCGUCGCAUUGUCCUUCCGUGUGGAAGAGCAAAUUCUCGGGUCGGGCGGGAAAAUCCGUCCCGGGUCUGGUUCUUGCAAUUUGAGGAUUUGUGGUAAAAAGGUUACAGCCACGUCAGGGAAUUAAUAACUAAAAUAAAGGCUGUUGCUUACGUGUCGGUGUCUGGUUGGUUUGUUGUUUAUGGGUUGAGACGCGGUGUGGGCUAUAACGCUCAAAGGUCGCGUUUUGGUCGUCGCUAGUUUCUUCUUUUCUUUCUAUUACUAUUGUUUUGCUUUAAAAUCGUGUGCCUUUUGUGUUUUAGUGCGUACAAGCAUGGAGAAACCCAUGUUGACUUGCGCCGUUGUGUCUGAUGUAACGUUUGGUUAUCUUAUAAUAAAGUGUUUUUGGGAUCUUA